AUGGCUGCCACCGACCCCAAGAAGUACCUGUUUAACCACACCAUGCUGCGGAUCAAGGACCCCAAGGUCUCUGUGCCCUUCUACGAGAAGCACUUUGGCAUGAAGGUCCUUGGUCACUACAAGUUUGAGCAGUUCAAGUUCGACAUCUACUACCUGGCCUACGACCAUCCCGAGUCUCCCUACUACGGCAAGCCCGUCUGGGACCGACAGGGAGUCCUGGAGCUGACCCACAACUACGGCACCGAGAACGACGCCAACUACAAGAUCAACAACGGCAACGUGGAGCCCCACCGGGGCUUUGGACACAUUUGCUUCUCGGUCGACAACAUUGAGAAGGUGUCUGCUGAUCUCGAGAAUGGCGGCGUCAAGUUCCAGAAGAAGCUCACCGACGGCCGACAGAAGGAUAUUGCCUUUGCUCUGGACCCCGAUGGAUACUGGAUCGAGCUCAUCACCAAUCACGAGGCCAAGCUGGUGGCCAACGAGACCAACCCUUCUUCUUACCGAUUCAACCACACCAUGCUGCGAGUCAAGGACCCCAAGAAGUCCAUUGAGUUCUACACUGAAAAGCUGGGCAUGCGACUCUUCCGAACUUCCAAGCACGAGAACGCCAAGUUCACUCUUUAUUUCCUUUCUUACGAUAAGGACUUUGAGGUGAACGACGCCUCCCGAGCCGGCGACCGAGAAGGUCUCCUCGAGCUGACCCACAACUGGGGCACCGAGGACGAGGCUGACUUCUCUUACCACAACGGAAACGCCGAGCCCCAGGGCUUUGGCCAUCUGGCUAUUACUGUUGACGACAUUGAGGCUGCCUGUGAGCGGUUCAACAAGAUUGGCGUCAAGUUCAAGAAGCAGCUGGACGAGGGUGGAAUGAAGUACAUUGCCUUCAUUCUGGAUCCCGAUGGAUACUGGAUCGAGGUCAUUCCUCCCUACAACCUGCCUCUUGAGAACCACGCCAAGAUCUAG